AUGGAUGAGUCUGAUGGUAGGAAAAUUAGGAACAUUUGUAUCUUAGCACACGUAGACCACGGUAAAACAACUCUCGCUGAUCACCUAAUUGCUUCCUCCCGUGAUGGUGAGCUUCUUCACCCUAGACUAGUUGGUAAGCUUAGGUACAUGGACUAUCUCGACGAAGAGCAGAGGCGUGCUAUCAUAAUGAAGAGCUUUCCGAUAUCUUUUCGGUACAAGGACUACUCUCUGAACUUGAUUGAUUCCCCUGGAUACAUGGACUUCUGUAUUGAAGUUUCAACAGCUGCUCGGCUUAGUGAUGGUGCUUUGGUUUUGGUUGAUGCUGUUGAAGGUGUACAAAUUCAGACGCAUGCUGUGUUGCGUCAAGCUUGUAUCGAGAAGUUGACUCCUUGUUUGGUGCUUAACAAGAUUGAUAGAUUGAUUUGUGAGUUGAGGGUGAGUCCUAUGGAAGCAUAUACUCGUUUGAUCAGGAUUGUUCAUGAGGUUAAUAGGAUUGUGAGUGCGUAUAAGUCUGACAAGUAUUUGCCUGAUGUUGACUCUAUACUUGUGAGUCCUUCUGGUGAGAUUACUGAUGAGAGUCUUCUGUUGUUGGAGGAUGAUGAAGAUGUUACGUUUCAGCCUCAGAAGGGUAAUGUGGUCUUUGUGUCUGCUUUGGAUGGAUGGGGCUGUGGGAUCUCCGAGUUUGCUACUUUCCAUGCUCCCAAGCUUGGAGCUAAAGCGGAUACAUUGCAGAGAUCAUUAUGGGGUCCUCAUUAUUAUGUUCCUAAGAUCAACAUGAUUGCUGGGAAGAAGUCUUUAAGUCCAGGAAGCAAGGCAAAACCAAUGUUUGUCAAGUUUGUGCUUGAGCCUUUGUGGCAGGUUUACAAGGCUGCACUAGAUCCUGAUGGUGACAGAGCUGUUCUUGAAAACAUUAUCGAAUCUUUUAACUCGUCUAUUCCACCACGUGAGCUUCAGAACAAGGAUCCUAAGAAUGUGCCUCAAUCAGUGAUGAGCCGUUGGCUUCCGUUGCCUGAUGCAGUCUUGUCCAUGGCUGUGACGCAUCUUCCAGACCCUGUUACAGCACAGGCAUACAGAAUCCCAUGCUUGGUUCCAGAAAGCAAAGUUAUAGGUGGUCACGAUGUUGAUUCAAGUGUUCUUGCAGAAGCAGAGCUUGUUAGAAAAUCAAUUGAGGCUUGUGAUUCUACCCGUGAAUCCCCUUGUGUUGUGUUCGUAUCUAAAAUGUUUGUUAUGCCCAUGAAAAUGAUACCUCAGGGUGGAGACCAUGGGGAGAGGAUGAACAGUUUAAAUGAUGAGGACAGUAGAAGUGAGUCGGAUGAGUGCUUCCUUGCAUUUGCUAGGAUCUUUAGUGGUGUUCUUUGUGCUGGGCAAAGAAUCUUUGUGAUUUCUGCUCAAUAUGAUCCUCUUAAAGGGGAUUCGUCUCAGAAGUACAUUCAAGAAGCAGAACUACACUCAAUCUAUCUUAUGAUGGGACAAGGUUUAACACCAGUAAACGAGGUGAAAGCUGGAGAUGUAGUGGCUAUAAGAGGGCUUGGACCAUAUAUAUCAAAAAGCGCCACACUGUCAUCUACUAGAAACUGUUGGCCCUUAGCCAGCAUGGAGUUUCAGGUCUCUCCCGCUCUUAGAGUUGCGAUUGAGCCUUCUGAUCCUGCAGAUAAGAGUGCUCUUGUGAAAGGUCUACAUCUUUUGAUCAAGGCAGAUCCUUUUGCGGAGAUCUCGUUGUCUGCCAGAGGAGAAUAUGUGCUUGCUGUUUCUGGAGAAGUACAUCUAGAAAGAUGUAUUAAGGAUUUGAAAGACAGAUAUGCAAAAGUGAACAUUGAAGUUUCUUCGCCUCUCAUGUCCUACGGGGAGACAACGGAGGACUGGGAUCCCAAGAGGUGGGAAUGGGACAGCCACAGAUUUGAGGCUAAGCCAGUUGACGCUGAGGCCAAUGUAGGAAGUGGGGAAGUCAUAACCUACCCCAGUUGUCAGGUGGAUAACUGUAUGGGAGAUCUAUCAGUUGCUAAGGAUUAUAACAGAAGACAUAAUGUCUGUGAGGUUCACAGCAAAGCAACUGAAGCUCUUGUUGGGAAUCAAAAGCAUAGGUUUUGCCAACAGUGUAACAGGUUUCAUCUUCUUUCCCAGUUUGAUAAGGGAAAGAAAAGCUGUAGGCGUGGACUAGAGUACAAGCGGAGGAGGAGAAUUAAGCUCAAGAAUAGUACUUCUAAGGUUGUAGCUCAGGGAAGUUCUGAUAACAAAGACAACAGUGAUAUGACUAAGCUAACUUCUUCUGACGAUGCUACUACAACUAAUUUAGAAAAGAGAACUUUGGAGUUUCCUUCUUUUGUGGGAGGUGAGAUAAGCAGUAGCAGUCAACCAUCUCCUUCUCAGGAUUCAUAUCCAUAUGCUCAGGACACCGGAUCUAAUAUCUUAUCUCUACAACAAUUCACCUCGUCACCAACGAUUGCAUCUUCAGGAAAGUACUAUUCUUCUGCGAGCAGGAAUCCCGUUGAGGAUAGAUCGCCAUCAUCAUCCCCGGUUACUCUGGAUUUACUCCCAAUGCAGACACCUCCUGAAACCAUGAGAUCUAACAAUGGCAAAAGUUCAAGUCCGAGAAAUAGUUGUUUGCCCCGAGAGCUAUUUUGUGCAUCAAACGGAGGAGCUGCUGAAAAUACUAGUUAUGCUUCGGUUUAUUCUCCUCCCGGUUUAAACUUUGAUGCUCAGGACCGCACAGGGAAGAUAGUUUUCAAACUCUUUGAAAAAGAUCCUAGUCAUCUCCCUGGGACAUUGAGAACCGAGUUGUAUAGCUGGCUUUCUAGCAUUCCAUCAGAACUGGAAAGUUACAUUAGGCCAUGCUGUGUCAUUCUAUCUGUCUAUAUGGCAAUGCCAAGUUAUGCUCGGGAACAAUUUGAGAAAAUAUUGCUGCAUCGGGUUAGGUCUUUGGUUCAAGAUUCAGAGUUUUGGAGCAACACAAAUUUUUUGGUCAACACAGGCAGGCGACUCGCGUCAUACAAACAUGGUAGAAUUCGUCUGGGUAAAUCUUUGAGAACUUUGAGUUCACUGGAGAUGAUAACGGUGUCACCUGUAGCUGUUGUAUCCGUUGAAGAAACUACUUUGGUAGUAAGGGGUAAAAGCUUGAAUAAUGGUGGAACUAGUUUUCUUUGCACAUAUAUGGGUAAGUAUAUGUCAAUGGAGGUAACUGAAACAGUGAGUAGGAGCACUACAUUUGAUGAGCUAACUGUAUAUAGAUUCAAAGUUAAGGGUCCAUGCCUUGGUUAUCUGGGGAGCUGUUUUGUUGAGGUGGAGUAUGGAUUAAGAAGCGACAGUUUCCCGUUAAUAAUUGCUAGUGCCACAAUUUGUAAAGAGUUAAAUUGA